AUGCGCCUGUCGAAGUGGUUCUCAAGUUUUGGGGUUGAGAAGCAGCUUAUUUUAAUUCAGCUGGGUGUACUCGUUCUGUCGGCUGUUAUUGGUAGAUAUGAAUCCGUCAUUCACGAGUUCGAUCCGUAUUUUAAUUACCGUACAACCCGUUAUAUGACUAAAGAAGGUUUCUACAGUUUUCAUGAUUGGUUCGAUGAGAUGGCUUGGUACCCACUCGGACGGAUCAUCGGGGGCACUAUCUAUCCUGGUACUCUUCGGUUGAUGUAUGUGAAACAAUUACUUACUUCUGUUGAAGUCUCACAACGAUUGCGACAUUCUUGCUAA